AUGGUGAAGUUUGUGGAGUGUACCAAUUGCCACACAACCUUACAACUCCCUAAUGGUGCUCAGUCAAUACGCUGCGCAGUCUGCUCCGCAGUGAUGACUGACACAACCGGACCUCGGAGGAGGACCCAAUUAUCAUCGUACAUGAAUAACUAUUUCCUUAUGUCCGGCCACGGGAGACCCGCGGCCGAACAGAGGAUUCAACCCCCUCCAGCUUUUGGCCGGAAGAGGGCUUUGAUUAUUGGAAUUACAUAUAAAAAAACUAAAUAUGAGCUCAAGGGAUGCAUCAAUGAUGCUAAAUUUGUCACUGUCAGCAGAAAAGAAGGAAGAGAUUCACACAGAAUUCCAACUAUACCAAACAUAAGGCGGGCAAUUUACUGGCUUAUGCAAGGUGUUCAAGCAGGGGAUUCUCUGGUGUUCCAUUUUUCUGGUCAUGGCUUACAAAAAAGGAGCUACACUUCAGAUGAAAUUGAUGGUUAUGAUGAAACACUUUGCCCCUUGGACUAUGAAACAAAAGGAAUGAUUGUUGAUGAUGAACUAAAUGCAACACUUGUUAGGCCUCUUCCUCGCGGUGCUAAGCUUCACGCCAUCAUAGAUGCCUGUCACAGUGGUACUAUGCUAGAUUUACCAUUUUUUUGUAGGAUGGACAGAACUGGACGAUAUGUGUGGGAAGACCAUCGUCCUCGAUCAGGAGUAUGGAAAGGAACAAGUGGAGGAGAGGCUAUAUCUUUCAGUGGUUGUGAUGAUCAUCAAAAAUCAGCAGAUACAGAUGUAAAAUUCACUUUUCCAUCUAAAGUUUUAGAUCUUCUUGAAAUGGAACUUAGUGUAAAUCAACCUAAGCAAAGCCAAUUGAAUGACUUGCUACUUGAUGACAGAGUUUGUCUAAGGUCAUUUCAACUGGUGCAAUGA